AUGGGUUUCCGUAUACAGAACAGUUGUCUGACUUGUAGUGAGGCAGCCGCUGCUCUUUCGAUGGCCAUUAUCCGCACUGAGCCACAUGUAACAUCGGUAGCGUUUUCGAACAAAUUGGUACCAUUAGACUGGAGAAAGGACAUGGAUCUAUCUGAAGUCAUGCAAAAUGCUCAAAAAAUUACAGUGGGAGCAACAGACUGUGCGCUGCCAAUGCUUUGGGCAGAAAGAAAUGAAAAACUGUUUGAUGUUUUCAUCGUUUACACCGAUAAUGAGACGUGGUUCGGUGAAGUUCAUCCGUUCGAGGCGCUGCAACAAUAUCGGAAGAGAAUGGGUAUUCCGGAUGCAAAGUUG